CACCGUCACAGGGUAGGAGAUUGGGCAGCAACACGGACGGACAUUCGAAAGCACGGAUCGGGUCCGGACAGCUGCAGAUUGGGGACAACCGUGCCAUGGACUGCUCGCUGUCUGAAUCCAGUUUUGUAGAAAGUGACUAUAUACUCACUGCUUCUUCAGAGUAUUCGGACAGUGAGCUCAGCUAUGAUGAGGAUAACACAGAGUUAGAACCCCAACAGAUCCACGACCUCCAACAUAUUGAGAAAAACAUGUCGGAUGCAAGUGAGGAACUGGACAGUACCGACAAAGAAGACAACAGUGGUGAAGAAAAGGUCACAGAAUCCCAAGUAACAGUCAAAAGAUGUGUGUCAGGAGGACAGAAGCGAAAGUGGGACAAAAGAAAUUACUGUAUUUACUGCAAAAAAACGCAGAGCAAAAUUGCACGGCAUCUCAAACGGACACAUAGUAAGGAAAAAGAAGUGGCCCUUGCGAUGUCCUAUCCACCAAGCUCUAAACAAAGUCGACAGAUGUUUGAGGCACUACGGAGAAAAGGUAACUACUAUCAUAACAUUGAAGUCCUGAAAGAAGGAAAAGGGGAGAUUGUGACUAACAGACGGCCUACAGAACAUGUCGAUCCAGAAAACUAUUUGCCGUGUCCCAAAUGUUUUGGAUUCUUCAUGAGAAAUGAACUUUGGAAGCACGAGCGUCGCUGUGCAAAUAAAAUAGGUGAACCUAUUGUUGAGUCAAAGCGAAAACGCAGGAUUCAGAGUGCAGCUUCUUCUCUCCUGCCAUGCAGGGGACAAGCAUUGCAGAGAUGCGCAGAGAUUGUGAGCAGAAUGUUCAUAGAUCAAGUGUCCCAUGAGGUGAAGAGCGACCCACUCAUAUGUGAGUUUGGUGUCAGACUUUUGGAGAAGUACAGCAGCGGUCGGUCAAAGGAUGCACAUGUGAGCCAAAAGAUGAGAGAAUUGGGCAGAUUUGUCCUAUCUGCAAAGUCCAUCAAUCCGAAAGUGAAGAUGUUGCAGGAUGUUUUGGUCCCUCCUCAUUUUAAACUAGCUGUGCAAGCAGCAAAACAGGCCAGUGGUUUCAUGAGUGCCAAAUAUAAGUACGACCCACCUUCUCUUGCAAUAAAACUGGGCCAGUCGCUUAAGGCAGCGUGCAAUAUUGUGAUUGCACAGUAUGUGAAGGCUGAAGAUGAAGUAGCAGCUUCCAGAGUGCGGAACUUCUCAAACCUGUUGGAUGAUGAGUGGCACCUCUAUGUUUCCUGCCGAACACAAAUAAACUUGGAUGAGGACAGCUGGAACAAGAAGGAUAUGAUCCCACUGACUCAAGACGUGAUGGAGCUCAACAGUGUAUUGAAGGCCAAAAUUGAGUCAGCAAAAAAAGAGCUGCUGGAUGGGCCGAACCCCAGCGCAUACAGUACUCUCAGUGAGUGCCUUCUUUCAGCAAUUACUCUUUUUAACCGAAGACGUCAAUGUGAGGUGGCGAAAAUACCUCUGUUCACCUACAUGAACCGGGUAAAACAGAAACCUAAUGAUGACAUCAUGGCCUGCCUCUCCAAACUGGAACAAAGUCUGAGCACUGAACUCACCAGGCUGGUCAUCAGAGUAAAGAAAGCCAUUAAGGUGCCUGUGCUCCUCACCAAGGAGAUGACAAAGUCUGUGGAUUUCCUGGUCAUGCACAGGAAUGAGGACAACGACAUCCUGGACCAAAAUGGAUACGUGUUUGCAAGACAGAACUCUAAAUCUCAUCUUCGUGGUUCUGACUGUUUAAGAAAGUACGCUGCUGUUUGUGGAGCGAAGAGGCCAGAAAUGCUCACCUCAACUCACCUGAGGAAUCACGUGGCUACGAUCAGUCAGGUCAUCAACUUAAAGGACAAUGAGCUGCAGUGCUUGGCAAACUUUAUGGGACACGAUAUACAUAUCCAUCGGGAAUACUACAGGUUAACAGAGAACACGCUUGAGCUUGCAAAGAUGAGCAAGCUGCUUAUGGCCAUCGAAAGUGGGACUCAUAUCUACGACGGAAUGUCACUGGACGAGAUUGAUUUAAGUCUGCAAGUCCAACCAGAUGCCCAGGUGUCCGACGUCUGUGACUUCAAUGAGGAUUCCAUCGACGUGCCUCAAUCAGAAUAUGAAGCCGCGUUUCUGACACAGGAAACAGGACUGUCCAGAAUGCAGACAGAGAGGAGCCCUGAGCCAGUUCAAGCUUCAGAUGACCGUCCAACAUCCUCUUCUUGGUCAAUGGAGAUGUACAGAAAGAGAAAAAUGGAAACAGAUUGGAUUGAAGAGAAGGAGUCAAACAAGAGGUCAAAGAGCACCUCUCAGCCAGUUGAGGAUUCAGAUGACAUUCUGACUGAAAGGCCAGUCCAGUUUAGAACAAUUCAGGAAACGGACUUGGAUUCACAGUCGCCUCCACAAAAAAGCCGUCACAGGCCUUGGAGUUCUCAAGAGAAGGAAGCUGUCUGGCGGCAGCUGGGAGAAUUCAUCUCACAGCUUAGAGUACCUGGUAAAGAAGCCUGUGAAAAGGCCCUGAAUGCAGAACAGGUGCUCUCCAGGCGCAAUUGGAAAGACAUUAAAAACCAGGUGCACAAUACAGUUACAACUCUGAAACGCAAGCAACAGUGAAAUUACGCAUCUGUGAGGUAGGAGUUACAAGAACAUUCAGCUGAGUUAUUAUGUAUAAGCAAUAUUGUGCUAGCUUAUAUGUUCAUUCAUGUGUGUCAGAUUCGGUCUGUCUUUUGUAAUAAUAUCUGUUCAUUUUGUGUGAAUAGUAGUCCGGACUGCACGUGAGUGGACUGUUGAAUUAAAAAUUCUUUCCCAGACAAGAUAGUUUGUAUUCAUUUGGACUGUCAAAAUGAACGUGUUGAAAACGUGUUCACUACAGUGAGCCUUCACAUAUGUUAACCGUUGGCAUCGUAGCCAGAGAGAUGAGUCACUUUUCUCUGUUCUUCAUCCUCCUGACUUAUUUCUACAUCUAAAUAGUUUUUUAAUUUUUUUUUUUUAACACCGUCCAAGUACAACAACGAUGACACUCUGAGAAUUGGAAUAGUACUCGGUGAAACCUGUGUUCACAGACUCUUAAAAAGAGUGUACUUGUCAUUGUUUUCAGUCCAGGCUCCGCUGCAAUUAAAGGACUAGCGUCU